AUGGAAAAGUAUUUUAAAAAAAGAACUCGAAAUUCUAUUGAUUCUUCUAGUGCUAAUGUUGAAGUUGAACAAGAAGCUAAUGUUGAAGCUGAACAAGAACCACAAUAUUCUGAAAAUAAUGUGGUAGUUGAUAGGAAUCCAGACGAAGUAGAAAUCGAUGAAAAAGAAAUCGAUGCCGAUCCCGGAUCACGAAGGCCGAUUGAUACAUUUGAUGUAAACAUUCGAGAUCGUAUUCGUAGAGAAUAUGUGGCUAAAGGUCCUUGUCAACCAAAAGGUCUUGAUUUUCCUAGAAAAAAAUAUGGAAAAGAUUAUAGGGGUUUCAGAGAUGUUUGGUAUAAAGAUUAUGUUUGGCUUGAAUAUAGUACGUCAGAAGAUGCUGCGUAUUGCUUUUGGUGUUUUCUCUUCAAACGUGGAUAUUCGGCACCCGGAGAUGAAACCUUUGUUAGUAGUGGUUUCUCUAAUUGGAAAAAAGCCAACGAAAGAUUUAGAGCUCAUAUUGGGUCAGCUACUAGUUCACACAACAAAUCUAGAAUUGAAUAUGAAAACUUUGUGAAUCAAAGGCAAAGUGUAUCUUAUGUUGUUCGUAAAGCUAGUACAAGACAAGAGAAGGAAUAUCGAAUUCGUUUGACUGCAACUCUUGAUGUUAUUCGUUUUCUUUUGAAUCAAGGUUUGGCUUUUAGAGGAGAUGAUGAGUCCUCAACCUCCAUAAAUAGGGGUAAUUUUCUAGAGAUGUUACAUUGGUAUAGUUUAAGAAAUGAUGAGGUCGGUCAAGUUGUAUUAAAAAAUGCUCCGGGUAAUAAUCAAAUGAUUUCUCCAAAAAUUCAGAAAGAAAUGGUUAAUGCUUGUGCCGUUGAAACCACACUUGAAAUAUUGGGUGAACUUGGUGAAGGAUUAUUUUCCAUAAUGGUUGAUGAGUCUCGAGAUUGCUCAGUCAAGGAGCAAAUGGCUAUUGUUAUAAGAUAUGUGAACAAGAAUGGGGAGAUUAUAGAAAGAUUUUUAUCUUUGGUUCAUGUUAAGGAGACUACAUCAAGGUGUUUGAAAGAAGCAAUUGAUUUUGUAUUUUCUAAGUUGGGAUUAUCUUUAUCAAGAUUGAGAGGUCAGGGCUAUGAUGGAGCUUCAAAUAUGAGGGUAUGCAAGGCAAAUCGACAUGUUUCUGAUUUUUUUGGCUAUCUUACCCCGAUUGUUACAGCAUGUGGAUCUUCUUGUAAAAGAGCAGAUAAACUUCGACAAAACGAACAUGAUAGAAUGGUUGAAAUGAUUGAAAAAGGGGAAAUCAAUUCAGGUAAAGGUCUAAACCAAGAAACUUCUUUGCAUAGACCUGGUGAUACUCGAUGGGGAUCUCAUUAUACAACUGUGAUUCGUCUUGUAUCUAUGUGGCCCUCAGUAGUCAAAGUUCUUGAAAGCAUAUUUAGUGAUGGAGAUGAUGCAGAGCAAAGUGGGAAGUGUAAAGAUAGAGAGCAAAAUAUUUUGAAUGCCAUCAAUAUGAUAGCGGGUUUGAAAGAAGAGCUGCAAACUUUUCGAGAAUCUGGAUGGGAUGAUCUUUUGCAAGAAGUGGAAGAUUUUUGUCGAGUAAAUGAGAUUGAUGUUACUAAUAUGGAUGACAUUGUCCCCAGACGAAUACGCAUGAAGAGAGAUGGCACAGUUGUCACAAACUACCAUUAUUAUCGUGUUGAGAUUUUUUGUCAGGUUGUUGACUCCAUUAUUCAAGAAAUGAGGAAUCGUUUUUCCGAGUCUAGUACAGACUUGUUGAAUUGUAUGGCAUGUCUUGAUCCAAGAAAUCAAUUCUCAAAUUUCAAUGUCGAUAAACUUGUUCAUCUUGCCACCCUUUAUCCAAAGGACUUUUCGUCCACAGAGAUGACGAUUUUACCUCAUCAACUUAAAUCCUUUUUGAUUGAUGCAAGACGAGAUACACGUUUCUCUGAUGUUGAAGAUUUAGGGACUCUUUCAAAGAAAAUUGUUGAAAUGAUGAAAGAUGGAUUCUUUCCACUAGUUUAUCGGUUGAUUAAAUUGGUCUUACUUUUGCCUGUAGCGACUGCAUCUGUUGAACGAGUGUUUUCUGCAAUGAAGUUUGUGAAGUCAGAGUUGCGAAAUAGGAUGGGAGAUGAUUGGUUAAAUGAUAUCAUGGUGGUAUACAACGAGAGAAAAAUGUUCACUACUGUUUCUAAUGAACGAAUUUUGGUUCGUUUUCAAAAUAUGGAUACUCGUAGGAAUCAACUAUCGCAGCUCACAAAAGAUAGUGUUACUUAA